AUCUUUUCCGAAUCAAAAUGCAACAGCCAGAAGCUCGCCAGACCACUCAGCCACAGCCACCGGACACCGACAUCCUGGACCCAGAAGUUGCGUACGUACGGAGGAAGAAAACUGCUCUGUGGGUAACCGUGGCUCUACUGACUUUAUCUCUGGUGGUGUUGGCCGUGGGUUUGAUCUCCGCCACUCGCACGGACAACGUUCCGGUGGCCGGGUAUUACCCGGGGAUCACCUUGAGUUUUGGGGCAUUUCUGGGCAUCGUUGGCAUCCACCUGGUAGAAAACCGCAGGCCUAUGCUGAUGGCGGCCAUUAUCUUUGUCAGCAUUGGCGUCAUUGCGUCCUUCUUCUGUGCCAUCGUGGAUGGGAUCAUCGCAUCAGAAUUUAUUGACAUAAGACCUUUGCAAGAGGACAUGUGUGAUUUUUACACCAGUGGAUCUGGCUACGCCUUUGACAGCUACUACACUGAGAUGACGUGCGGUUCAUCGGGCAAAUCCUGCAAGUUGAAGCUGAGAAGCAACACCUGCUACUGCUGCUACCUUUAUAACUGCGAGAGCACAGAGUACCACCCCCAGUACUUUGAGUUCACCGGGGUCAGCGGCUGCUGGGAUGUGAUCCACCUCCAUCGUCUGCUGUGGGCCUCGGUGGUCCUCAACGUGACCGGCCUCUUCCUGGGAAUCAUCGCUGCCGCCAUCCUUGGAGCCUACAAGGACAUGCAGAAACCGACUCCAGCAAUGGCGCCAAGCCCGGCGCCACCGCCCCACAUCCUGUACAACCCCACCCAGCAUAUGCUCACCUACGCUGGCUUCUGUCCUCCGGGGCAGAAUCUUCCUGCCUACCCCAAUUAUCCGGGGACAGUGCAGACUACCAGCAGUAGUUUUCACGGACCCGCUACCCCACAAAUGAUCCCCGAGGGGGGUCCCGUAGGCACUUCGUGUCCUUCCGAAGAAACCCAGAGUCAGCCACCCUCACAAGGUGCCACCCAAAUGUUACAGCAGGGGCCCACCCAGGAACCGGGAGGCGGCUUCAUGCUUACACCCAACGCGCCGGUCCUCUUUGGAUCCGCUCACGGCCCCUUCGAGAAACCUCCGCCUUACGCCUAUUGAACCCCCCCAGCCAAAAGGAAAACAAAGCAUUCGUGUCUCCAGUUUGUUUGCCCGAACUUAGAAGACGCUUAAUAGGAGGCCGUGUAGAUGGGAGAGGUCAGUGAGCUCCUCUUUACUGCCGCAAAGGAGAAAGAUGUCUGUUUUGUAGUGAGCGUAGUUCAUGUUCAUUGACUAGGACCCCAGCAUUAGUUUAUCGACUGGCCAACAUCAAUUUCUUGGGUUAUAUCUAACCGGUUUCUUUGCAGGUGUUCCUGUGUGCGCUUUGAAAACAAUGACAAAUGCACUACAAUUAAGGGCUUACUUUCAACAGGAAUGCGGAUAAAACCACACCGUGGCUGCUACGUUGCGGUUUGACGAUUAAAUCGGCUUUAUAAUACAGGCAAAGAUGUGCGUUAGGGCAGAAAAGUGCUAAUUGUAGCACUAGCACUCGCUGAUUGCUUGGACAUAAAAUACGCGCGAACAAUGUCCACAGAUCCGGUGGCUCCUCAUUAGCAUAAUCACAAAAAGGCUCGCGUGACUCUUGACGCUCAUUGAAACUGUUUAUUUUGCUUCUUAAAUACAGUUUUCACCCUGGUAGAUUCAAACUUUAUCGUAGCAUUGUGCAAUUCGCCGAUAAAAAAA